AUGGUAUACAAAGAAAAUACAUACUGGAAGAAUGUUCUCAUCAUCGUUCCCACCAUCGGUGCUGGCCUGGCUACGCUCAUCUAUCUGUUGCGUCUACACGCACGCCGACUAAGGCACAUCGGCUUCCUCGUAGAAGAUGUGCUAAUGGGCAUCGGGCUGCUUCUUUCCUACUUUCUUACGGGGUUUGUGGUGGACAGCGCCUUGAACGGCAUCGGUGUGCCAUUGGACGCUCUUCCUCCACAUACGCGCCAUCGCAUUCAGUUUGAUUCCUGGAUGAUAGGCAAAUUCUGGGCUCCUUCCAUGGCCGUCAUUAAGAUCUCCAUCGUCCUCUUUCUCAAGCGUAUCCUCGGAAGCGUUCGUUCCUACGAAAUCACCUCUUAUUGCUUGAUCGCCUUUAUCGCUACCUGGGCUACCACCGUGGUCCUCGUCAGCAUCUUCCAAUGCACUCCGAUCAAAUACUACUAUGACCAGUCGUCGCCCGGGCACUGUAUGAAGGGACAGGUGGCAUUCUUCCAAGCCAAUGGCGCAAUCGCACUGGCCGAGGAUGUUGUAAUCCUCUGUAUGCCGAUCCCGAUAUCAGCCAUAUUUACCAACUGGACGAAGAGAGAUGUAAGCAUUUCUGGAAGGAAGAAUUCAAGGGUCUACAUGACCUACCUCUUCCUCACAUGA